AUGCUGGACUUCAUGGAAUAUAUCCAGAUUGCCUUCGCGGAGGCAACAAACUGGAAUCGCGACAAUUCUUAUUUAUCGCUGAACACGACUGCGCAAUCAAUAUUGGAUUUCUCUACCCCCGAGAGACUGCGCGUCCGCUUGUCUUCGCUGUCCACCCCUCAUUUUGCGACCAGCUACAGCCUCGGCACGGUGGGAUUGCUUGACGGUUCCGUCUCCUAUCUAUUCAGCACUGUUCCGUUCCACGACACCCCCAGUCGCAGUGCCUUGGUCCCUCUAAGAAAGAUCUCCCCGGGAUAUCGCCAAGUACAUGCCCCAAGUGCCCCAGCCGAGACAUGGAAAUGGGGCUCUCUUCUAGAUGGAGUCAAUAUCCCAGGCCUUAAGAAUACAUCAUCGUCGUCGUUAAUGGGUGAUGAAGAGAACAAUGCGAUCAACGAUGCGAGCAAUUCGAAAGCGACGCUCCUGCAUGGCUCCUUACAUCUUCCGUCUCCGACGACACUCAAUGCCUUAUUCCUACGAAGGAUAUCCUCUACCAUGCAGCUGUCAUUAGCAGUAUGUUCCACUCAGGGACCUCCGCUGUCCAAAUCGGCGCCGCAGGCAUCAAUGCUAGCUACAUUGUCCCACGAUACCGGCAAAUACAGCAAUGAAUACCUAUUCAGUACAGAUAACUCCUUGUUUGGCUGGCGAGGACUCUGGAAUUUUGGACCGGAUCCCAGGUACCCCCGCGAGGGUUCGCCGCCUGCGCCUUCACUCCUCUCGGCUGGCGCAGAAGCAUACUACUCGCCCAUUUCGUCCUUAAUUGGCAUUUCCACAGGCUUACGAUUCAGUACCCUGCCUGCCGCGACCGAAGUGCCCGUGCAAUCAUCCUCAUCUUCCUCCCACCCUUCCCCUAUCUCAUCCUUCCCAUAUACUCUGACCCUCACCCUCACGCCGAUCACUGGCUCGCUCUCCACAACAUACUCGCUGCGAGCGUCACCGAACCUGGCCUUCAGCUCGCGGUUCGGCUUCAAUGUCUACAGCUGGGAGAGCGAAAUGGUUGCCGGCUUCGAGCUCUGGCGCCGGAACAAGAAAUCAGAUCCCCUCGCGGACGAUGAUCUCGAAUGGGCUCGCCGCAAAGUGCGCCUGUAUGACUUUUCCACCCCGCUCCCGGGCUCUGCAGCGCCUCCGCUUGCCUUGGACCCGGUGCGCCCCGAACCUGCUGUCGUAUCACCCGAGGAUAGCAACACCGAAGCCGAUGAUUCGGUCAUCAAGCUCCGUGUGGACCAAUCCUGGAACGUCCGAUUGCUUUGGGAGGGUCGAGUCAAGGAGUUGCUCGUGAGCGCGGGAGUCGGGCUCGGCCCGGGCUCAUUCUCGAUGGGACCCAAUGGCAGUGGACCCUCGUAUUGGCGCGGGGUGGGGGUUUCGGUGAUGUAUUCUUCAUAG